AACACUAAAUAAAUACAAUUAGAAAAAUGAAAAAAGAAAAUGGAAAAGGGCGUAUGGUUCAGUGACCAUUUACCUCCCCAAUCCGGCGACGUCUUGGAGCUGGAACUAGGUUUGCUAUAGCUUGGGACUUGGGACUACAAACAAUUCAUUCUAACCUUUCACUCCUUAUCAGAAUUAGGAAGAAAAAAAAUGGUACAACCUUCUCCCCGACUCCCCAUUUCCCCAACCCUGAUCGAAUUCGUUUUUUCCAUCUCGCCGGUUCAGUUUGUCUAAUUUCAUCGGCCAUCUCCCCUGUUCUCAUCGAUCACUAUAAUCCCCAGGCAUUCAACUUGGCAUAGAACUCAAAGGUUUGAUCUUUCACUAUAUUUUGAUAUGUGCAUUUGGGUUUGCUUAAUCGUCCAGAACCAUGGAUUCUAUAUUCAGGUUUCUUCUCUUUAAUACCUCUUUUAGUGAUUCAAUCGAAGCCAUUUCUCCCAAUUUCAAACCUUUUCUUCUGGCGAUUUCUAGGGUUAGAAAGGGGGAUUUUCUGGGAUCUUCUCAGCAGAUCCUUCUCCCUAUUUUGCUCCUCUUCAACCUCUUCUCAUCGAUGUCAAGCAAGUCGGCCAACAAUUAUCCUCUAAGAUUCACCAAACAAACACGCCUUCCACCCUUGAAGUCGCGUUCUAUCGAGAAGUUGUUGUCCAAGUUGAAGUCCGUUGUUGCUAUUGUAAAGCUGAGCCCAUAAGUUUCGAUUUCCCACGAAGUCGCCUUCUUUCCACAAAGUCACUGUCCAAAUUGAUUCCUAUUGCCGUUCCAUACACAGUACUUUCAUCGAUCGGGUACGUAGCUCCUUAAAGUAUUUUGCGGCUAAAAUUUCCAUCACACAAGAGUAAAUUAUAUUAAAACAUUUGAGUUUAACUUAUAUGGAAAGAGUGGUAGAUUCACAAGCGGUUGACUAUUGGAAUGAGUUCACAUCCUUAAGCCUCUAUACUUAAGAAGCUCCUUAAGUUAAUAUGGGCCAUUAGAUCAAUCUUAAGUAGUUAGUGGGUUGUUAGUGGACAGUUAGCUGUUUUUAGGUUGUUAGGGGUAAGAAUGACAUUGCAAUUUUAGUUUAAUUAAUUAUCAAUGUAUUUAUUUAUACUAACCCCAUGUCUUACGUUGGUAAACUAGGGUUUUUUUAUAUUGUUCUCUAGGUUUUUCUGCUUCCACAAGUUCUACGGCUCCGGCGACGUCGACAUGCAGUAGCAUCGUUUUUCUGGUGCAGGGGAUACCUGCGAUCGUCCGCCGGUUUUUGGUGCACUAGUCGUCGACAGCAGCGUCGCGAAUCUCGUUCAUUCUGCAGCUUCCCAACUUCUUCCUUCCGUUGUUUGCAGCGCCGCGAAUCUCGUUAAAUCCGCAGCUUCAUGACUUCCAUCCAUCGUUUCAACGCCUCAAAUCUUAUCGGGUGGAGCAGCUUCACGUCGCCGCACAUUCCAUCGUUGAAGCUUCCUUCGACAUCUUACCUUUCGUGUGCUUUUGCUCAGACGAGUAUGCAUCGUGGGUUGUUUGUUAACCUAAUCUGAUCUAUGUAUUAACAUUUUGUGAAGUAAUGGUCAACGAUUCUUCCAAUGGCCAUGAAAGGUUUUCAAUCUUGUUAUUGUUUCUUUGUGGUGAUUGUUAACCUUUCAUCGCUGAUUGUUAACCUUUUGUAGUUGAUUGUUAAUGUUCUUACGUUGAUAACAAUUUGGCUAUAGGCAACAAAGUAUGGUUAACAAA